AUGAUUGACGUCUCGCCAGGAGACUGUGAUUUGGACGCGCCUUCUCUAAUUUAUUACACCAAGCAAGAGUUGGAUAUUGAUGCGCUUCACUAUAUGGCUCGUGGUUCAUUCGGCGGUAGUAGUUAUCGCCAACACGAAGAGAACCGAAGAUUUUCUGAAGUAACUUUCUCUCGAAUACCUCAAAAGCUGCAUCAGUCUGCAACACAACCCAUGCUUCAGCGCUAUAGAGUAGCGUCGAGUGUAAUUUGUGCCGACUUAGCCAUAAGCAUACCCAAUAAUCAAGGGCUGGACAAUGUAUAUUAUCGCAUCGACUACAGUCCGCCAUAUGGCGAUCCAGCGCCAAACACCACAAUACCGUCGCGUGAGAUUGGCGAGGAGAUUCAAUUCUCCCACGCGCUACCUGGCACUAAGUACAAUUUCUGGUUGUACUACACAAAUUUCACGCAUCCCGAUAUUCUGUCGUGGACAGUGACAAUUACCACAGCGCCCGAUCCUCCCUCGAAUCUGUCCGUACAAGUGCGCAGCGGCAAAAAUGCAAUAAUUUCAUGGUCACCACCCACACAAGGCAACUACACAUCCUUCCGCAUCAAAGUGCUCGGCCUUUCGGGGGCUUCCAGCUCAUAUAAUCGCACAUUCGUAGUGAAUAAUACAUUCCAACAUAGCGUCAAAGAGUUGACGCCCGGCGCCACAUAUCAGGUGCAAGCCUACACCGUUUACGAUGGCAAGGAAUCGGUGGCGUAUACCAGUCGAAAUUUCACAACAAGUAGAAGGACGCGGCAUAAAGAAUUGCUGGAUAUAAAAAUUCUGCGAGAGCCCAAUACACCCGGCAAAUUCAUUGUAUGGUUCCGCAAUGAGACCACACUGCUCGUGCUUUGGCAACCACCAUAUCCAGCUGGCAUUUAUACCCACUACAAAGUAUCCAUCGAACCGCCGGAUGCAUUAGAAAGUGUGUUGUAUGUGGAGAAGGAAGGCGAACCACCCGGUCCCGCACAGGCGGCCUUUAAAGGGCUAGUACCCGGCCGCGCUUACAACAUAUCCGUGCAAACAAUGUCAGAAGAUGAAAUAUCCCCACCGACUACCGCACAAUAUCGUACUGUCCCAUUGCGACCGCUGAACGUCACAUUCGAUAAGGAUUACAUUACAUCGAAUUCAUUUCGAGUACUAUGGGAAGCGCCAAAAGGCAUAUCAGAGUUCGACAAGUACCAAGUCUCAUUGGCAGCAUCGCGUAGGCAAUCAACCGUGUCGCGAACCAAUGAUCCGAUUGCCUACUUCGAUUUUCGUGACAUCACCGAACCAGGUAAAACAUUCAAUGUGAUUGUGAAAACCGUUUCGGGGAAAGUGACAUCAUGGCCUGCGGCUGGCGAUGUAACGCUACGUCCAUUGCCAGUGCACAAUUUGCGCUCAUUCAAUGAUGAUAAAACGAAUACGAUGCGCAUCACAUGGGAACCGGAUCCCUCGAGUACACAGGAUGAGUAUCGCAUAGCCUACCACGAGCUGGAGACUUUUAAUGGCGACACCAGCACUUUUACCACCGACCGAACAAGCACUUUUUUGGAAAGUCUGCUACCAGGUCGCAACUAUUCGCUUUCUGUGGAGGCAGUCUCAAAGAAAAUGGAGUCGAAUGAAACCACAAUUUUCGUUGUAACUCGUCCAUCAUCACCCAUAAUUGAGGAUCUAAAGAGCAUACGGACGGGUCUAAAUAUAAGCUGGAAGAGUGAUGUGAACUCCAAACAGGAGAAAUAUGAAAUACUUUAUUCACGCAACGGCACCUCCGAAGUGCGCACCAUAGAUACAAAGGAGUCACGUCUAGUCAUAACCAACUUGCAUGCCGGCGCUGGAUAUGAGGUGAAAGUUUUUGCCGUCAGUCAUGGUUUGAGAAGUGAGCCGCAUGCAUAUUUCCAAGCAGUGUUUCCCAAUCCGCCACGCAAUAUGUCCAUCGAGACAGUGCGCAGCAAUUCUGUACUGGUGCAUUGGGCACCACCCGAAAAUAGCGACUUCACAGAAUACUCGAUACGUUAUCGCACUGAAGCCAAAGAACAGUGGGUAAAUUUGCCUAGCGUACGUUCCACAGAAGCAGACAUUACCGAGAUGAUCAAGGGCGAGAAGUACACCAUACAAGUGAACACAGUGAGCUUUGGCGUAGAGAGUCCUAAUGCACAAGAAGUGGUUUACACUGUGCCACCUAAUGAGGUAUCGAAUAUCGUACCUUGGGUGGACGCACGCAACAUCACUUUGGAAUGGCCCAAGCCCGAAGGACGCGUUGAGUCGUAUAUAGUUAAAUGGUGGCCCUCAGAGAUUCCCAACAAAGCGCAAACUAAAACUGUACCCGAGAAUAAGUCAGAUGAGUCUUCUUCCGUGCGAGUUUUGAUAAGCGAUAUUAUGCCUGGCAUAAAGUACAAUUUCGAUAUACAAACCACUUCCUAUGGUAUCUUCUCACGCUCCACACAUUUCUCCGCGCGCACCAUGCCGCUAAUUCAGUCCGAAGUGGUUGUUGUUAAUGAUAGGCAAGAGGAUGAGCGCGAUACCAUCACUCUAUCCUACACGCCCACACCACAGUCAUCUUCGAAAUUCGAUAUCUACCGUUUCUCACUCGGUGAUCCCGAGAUAAAAGAUAAGGAAAAGCUCGCUAACGACACAGAUCGCAAAGUCACAUUCACUGGCUUGAUACCCGGACGCCUUUAUAACAUCACUGUCUGGACAGUGAGUGGUGGUGUGUCUAGUCAGCCCAUACAACGUCAGGAUCGCCUCUUUCCUGAACCCAUUACUCAGUUGCAUGCCACCAACAUCACUGAUACUGAAAUCUCGCUUAAGUGGGAUAUUCCAAAGGGUGAAUAUAACGAUUUCGAUGUGCAAUACUUAACCGCCGACAACAUUCUCGCACAAAAUAUCACCGCCCGCAAUGAAAUUACCAUCACGGAUCUUCGUCCACAUCGCAAUUACACAUUCACAGUUGUCGUGCGUUCGGGCACUGAAUCGUCAGUGUUGCGCAGCAGUUCACCACUCUCGGCAAGCUUUAGUACAAAUGAAGCAGUGCCUGGUCGUGUUGAACGCUUCCAUCCAAUAGAUGUCCAACCCAGUGAAAUUGUUUUCGAAUGGUUGCUGCCGUCGAGUGAAGCUAACGGUGUUAUUCGUCAGUUCUCCAUCACCUACAUGAAUGUGAACAAUGUCACUGAAAUGCGAACGCAUCAAUUUGAAUCAACCGAGACAGCAGGCGCUAUACGAAAUUUGAAGCCGGGCGAAACGUAUAUUUUUAAAAUACAAGCGAAAACAUCUGUUGGCUAUGGACCGGAGCGCGAGUAUAAACAGACAAUGCCAAUUUUGGCACCACCACGUCCAGCGACACAGGUUGUGCCCACCGAGGUGUAUCGCAGCUCACAGACAAUACAGAUACGCUUCCGUAAGAACUAUUUCUCCGAUCAAAAUGGACCGGUCCGUUGGUACACAAUCAUUGUCGCCGAGGAUGACACCAAAAAUGCUUCGGGCCUAGAGAUGCCCAGUUGGCAUGAUGUGCAAUCGUAUAGUGUAUGGCUGCCGUAUCAAGCAAUCGAUCCAUAUUAUCCAUUUGAAAAUCGCUCCGUAGAGGACUUUACAAUUGGCACAGAAAAUUGCGAUAAUCGUAAAAUAGGCUACUGUAAUGGGCCGCUAAAAUCUGGCACCACGUACAAGGUGAAAGUGAGGGCAUUCACAGCACCCGACAAAUUUACCGACACCGCCUACAGUUUCCCGAUACAAACAGAUCAAGACAACACUUCGCUGAUCGUCGCCAUCACCGUACCACUAACCAUUAUUUUUGUGUUACUCAUUACUUUGUUUGUAUUUAAACGUCGACGCAACAGUUGCCGCAAAGCAACCAAAGACUCGCGUGCCAACGACAACAUGUCGCUGCCAGACAGCGUAAUCGAACAAAACCGUCCCGUGUUGAUAAAGAAUUUCGCGGAACACUAUCGUCUGAUGUCGGCCGAUUCGGAUUUCCGUUUUAGUGAGGAAUUUGAAGAAUUAAAGCAUAUCGGGCGCGAUCAGCCAUGCACAUUCGCUGAUCUACCAUGCAAUCGUCCCAAAAAUCGUUUCACCAACAUUUUACCCUACGAUCACUCGCGCUUCAAGCUGCAGCCAGUCGACGAUGAUGAGGGCUCCGACUAUAUUAAUGCAAACUAUGUGCCAGGCCAUAAUUCGCCGCGUGAAUUUAUUGUCACUCAAGGUCCGUUGCAUUCGACACGUGACGAUUUCUGGCGCAUGUGUUGGGAGAGUAAUUCGCGUGCCAUUGUGAUGUUGACUCGCUGUUUUGAGAAGGGACGUGAGAAGUGCGAUCAGUAUUGGCCAAACGAUACGGUGCCCGUCUUUUAUGGUGAUAUCAAAGUGCAAAUAUUGAAUGACAGUCACUAUGCUGAUUGGGUAAUGACCGAAUUUAUGCUGUGCAGGGGCAGUGAGCAGCGCAUCAUGCGUCACUUCCAUUUUACCACAUGGCCGGACUUCGGUGUUCCAAAUCCACCACAAACUCUGGUGCGUUUCGUGCGUGCUUUCCGCGAUCGUAUCGGCACCGAUCAACGCCCAAUUGUGGUGCAUUGUAGUGCUGGUGUGGGUCGUUCGGGCACAUUUAUCACACUCGAUCGCAUUCUACAGCAGAUAAAGACGUCAGAUUUUGUCGACAUUUUCGGCAUAGUCUAUGCCAUGCGUAAAGAACGUGUUUGGAUGGUGCAAACGGAACAGCAGUACAUCUGCAUUCAUCAGUGUUUGUUGGCUGUGCUUGAAGGUAAGGAGAACAUUGUUGGACCUGCGCGGGAAAUUCAUGACAAUGAAGGCUACGAAGAGCAACAACAGCAGCUGGACGAGAAUGGUGAAGUGAUUGCUACUAUUGAAGCACACGAACUGCAACCGGAGGAGGCUGAAGAAAUAGAUAAUGAAAACGCAGCCGUUAUUUACGAUGAUCAGCAGCCAUUGACUGGAUUUGGUGGCGCAGCGCAUAGUGCUUCGAUGGCCUCAUCGUUCAGCACAGCCGCACAUGUGUAUCCCGAAACCAUUACUGCGGACAGAUGACAUUCGAUUAGCCAGAACGAUAACAAUAACUCAGUGGUUAUCGUUCUGGUGGAUAACAAACCCAGUUCGAUGAUCUGCAAGGAGGGUGCCAUCGAUGUAAUCAGCAUCGGCGGCAAUG